CAGUCUCAAGUGGAAUAAACAGAAAAUGAGGAUUGUAUUUUAUUUACUGCUGAUGCUAGCAGUGGGACGAUGCACAAAAAACAACAACUUUGAGACAAAGACUGUUGGUGUUGGAGGUUAUGUGGAGCUGACAUGUCCCCGCAAGUCUUCGGAAAGCUUGUUUUGGAUCAGGAUUGAUUCUGGAGACUUUCCUGAAGUCUUAGGAAAGACAUUUAGCCCUAAGAGUAAUGAUCGCAUCACAGCUACAGAAGAGCGUGAACUAUUUGUUCUACAUAUUCAAGAAGCAAAGCUAAGUGAUGCUGCGGUCUACUACUGUAUUCAAAUAAGCCAACAGUUCCUCAGAUUCCUGACACAAACUGACCUAAGAGUUAAAGAACCUGAAAGCACUGCAGUUUCUCCAACUGAUCCAGUCCGUCCUGGAGGCUCUGUGACUCUGCAGUGUUCAAUACUCUCCGACUCCGGGAACAAAACACGACCAGAAGAACAACAUUUGUGCUGUUUCAAGGCUUUUAAUCAAAGUUUGAAUAAUACUCGAGGAAACGUUGUUGAAGUACAUGAAAAGGAACCAGGUGGACCCUCAAAGAAGAAAUGUGUCUACAGCUUAUACAAGACAUGUGACUGCGAUGUGGCCACAUGUGAGGACAUCAUUUCUGGAAAUAGAUCAGAACUCAACACUACAGACUUCAUGUUGAAUCAGCAGAAGAACAAUACCAUCAUCUCUCUGUUAGGUGCUGCUUUGGCUAUAUGUGUGAUUGUUAAUGCCUCUCUCAUUUAUGCAAUCAAGAAACUGAAGGGGAAAUCCUGUGGUGUUUGCAACACUGCUGUUACUCUGCAUACAAAUGAAACAACAGCGGGUAAAAAUCAGCGAGGUCAGCAGACAGAUGAUGACUCGUUGAUUUAUUCUGCACCAACCUUCAUCCGUAGGAUAUCAAGCAAAGGGACUGGGGGUGCAAAAGCAAUGAAAGAAGAGUGUAUCUACACUGAUGCCCGGGCUCUUGGGUUGGCUUGAUGGUGUAAAUACUGGAUUUGCUAAUAGUUUCAUUAAUCCAAUUAAUAUAUUGGAUUGCACUGUAUGUAUAUGUUUUGCAAACAUAAGUAAUCUUCAUGACACAAAAAUAAUAUAAAAGCUAGUGUAAGCUUGUGUGCAACAACUUGCAUCAUAAAGUUUCAAGUCUUUAAAUGUACAUUUACCAAAUCUGUGUACUGUCUGUGUCAAUGCUAUGCAAAGAUAAUUUGUUAAUGUGUUGCUUUUUUCCUAAUAAAUAAUUGAAUUUUCACAAGAGAUACCAAACUGAUAAGCAAUUGAACCUGCUGCUCUGCUCACACAUACAGAUACAGCUCAGAUGUAUGAACAUACUGCACAUGUUUAACCCCCCCCCCCCCCUUAGUUAUUACCUAAACAAGCUCGGCAUUAUACUUUUGCUCACAGAGGUCAGCCAAACUCAGGUACAAGUUCAUUAAAUGUGUACAUAUUUUUUUAACAUCAUAUAGCCUACAUAAGUGUAACACACAAAAUACCCAAUAAUCCAGAAGGCUUGCAUAAAAACUGUUUUUCCAUGGUGAUGUCAAUAUGGAU